GGGUAAAGGUCACCAUAUCAGUCAGCUGAUCCUCCACAACCAGGAAGUCAGAUCAGUGUUGCACAUCUUUCAUGUGGUUUCUUAUAGAAUAUCACAUGGUAAUGUGAUGCAGGUUAAGUCAUCAUGGACAAUGUAGGCACUAUCAUUGAGCGAGCUCGAGCGAUCAGUCAUGAGGAACUACAAGAGUUCUACCGUGGACUGCAGGAGGCUCUUAAGAGUCAGUCCAUAGCGGAUGUCAUCCCCAGCCUGAGACAGCUGUGGCUGAGCCUGGCCUGUACCCGCUACAGAGGAGACGUCCCACCUGACCUACUGAUGCCGCUGUGGGAGGCUGUUAAAGAACCUCACCUGGGUCCUGUCAUGGUCAGGAUGCUGUGUGCUGCUGUACUACAGGAGUUCUCCCCAUGCCAGUCUGUGUGUUUGAGAGGAGGUGAGCUGUCAUCAGGACCGCUGUCCUCCUCCAGCCUGGCUCUCACACUGCCUGUAGUGGCUGGGGUGGGACACUAUCAUCCAGACCUGCAGGUGCUGAGAGAGCAGCUGCUGGCCUGGCUGACAGGGGCAGGACAAGUGGACACAGCUGCUAUCACACAUGUACUCGGUUGUCUGUGGGGAAUGGACAACUCUGAAGUGAUCACUCUGACACAGGAACAGGUGGAUGGAGUAAGUAAACAGCUAUGCACCUGGCUGACAACAACCAGCACGACUCAGCCGCCAAACCCCUUCUCAAAAAACAUCUUCUCCUCGCGGCAGCUGGUGGCUGUUACAGAAGUAGAUGAGACUCCAUCCCAUGACAUGUUCACAGUGCUGAGUGUGGGACAGCACUACAGCCCUGACCAGUUCCUCAACAUGCAGGUCUUCUCUAUGAUGAGGGGAUGGCUUCACAAGCAUCAGUCAAAAAAUGGAGAGUCAGCUUCCAUGGCACUGCUGGUUGACAAGAUGUGUGAGUACUGCUUGCGUCUGCUGGACCAGUGUGAGAGGAAGGCUGUGGUACAACAGGAUGCCGAGCUACAACAGGCCUGCCUGACAGAGGUCAUCCUCCUGCUGGACACAAUGUGCCAGCAGAACUCCAGUCUGAUACCCAGAGUCUUCCCCUCCAUCAAACGAGUGUACAACAGGAUACAGAACAGCCCCGCCUCCAGCAUCAACAUCAUCAACAUCCUGCAGUUCCUCCUGCACCACAGUGAUGCAGUCAUGUACGACAUGGGGCCGGCUCUCCAGCACUUCUUCCUCAAGAUCUUAGACAAGCAAUGCAUAGAUCAGUCGCUGGCAUUCGAAGCAACACUCUUCUGCUUGGAGAACAUGGAAAACCUCUGUAACAACACGUCAGUUCUCAGGAAAUUUUUCCCCUGUCUUCUGAAAGUGUUUGCAUGGCAGCCCAAGACUUUGUUGGCAGAGUUUGUGGACUUACUCCCGACCAUGGUGAGUGAGGAGACAGCCAUUGAGGUGCUCCACUGUCUGCUGGACCUGCCAGUCAUAACUGCUGCCAUGGAAACAGUGAUGAGGGUGGAGCAACGUGGGUCCCUGACGGUGACAGAUUUGAGUCCUGAAGCGGUGGCGCAGUCUACCCCAGAGUUGGUGUACUCAGAUCCACUCCAUCGUCCACUCUUCAACUUCAUCCUCAGGGCAGAGGGCGGGCUCGGAGAUACCAUUGAUAGGCUCAAGGUGCUGCAUGACAUCCUCCAGGACUACUCCACCCUUCCUCGAGUAGUGGUAUGUUCCCAGGCAGCUCCCGUCUUACUCAGGGUGUACCUACAGACAGUAGAACAGGAGGCCAGUGUGGAUCUUCUGGCCAGGCUCUUCCCAGUGCUGUUGGAACGGUCUUGCCUGCUCUUCCCCAUCAAAACCUUCCAAACUGAAGUCAAAAGGGUGCUGAGUGAGGCCCUUGUGUGGGUGGUGCAGACAGCCCCAGGGCUGCUGAUAGACAACAGACAGGAGGUGCAGGAACUCAUGUCCAGCCCCAGGAACUUCACUGGGAGGGAGGAUGUCUUCUUACACCUGGCAUGGGCUGUGGGAGAGUACAUGUCUGUGACAUAUGACAGAAGAUGUACUCCAGAUAUCAUCUCACAGUACUAUGAGGGGGUGGAGUGUCUGCUGUACGAGCUGUCAGUGUCCCAGCUGGGGAGGACAGAGACGCCCCUGCAGCAUCGUGCCAGGCUCACAGCUGUGCUGAUGACAGCCCUCGCUAAGCUGGCGACGCGUUGCCAGGACCUGAUGCCCCGUGUGCUCCUGUGCCUGACAAAGAUCACGCAGCAGCUGCCUGCCUCGGGGUCCCAGGAUCCCGGGGAUGCCGUGCUACUGGCACGAGCACCUGUUCUCAUCAACCUGUGCAGGAUGCCAAAUGUUGCACCCCUACUGUCGUCCCUACCAGCAGAGACUGAUGACAACAGUAAACUGCAUCAGGACCAGAACAGCUCCUCCUGUCUCCUGCUGCAGCUAACACAAGCCGUGAUGAAGCAGAGUCAACAGUAGUAACGGCAAUGUACAAAUCUACAUAGUACAAAAAAGUUCUCGCGCAUGAGCCUGUGAAACAUUUUAAUUUCUGUCUGUAAGACUGAAUUAGGCAAAUAAAAUACAAAAAUACAAAUAUGGCAAGAGUGUACCUUGCAAUUCCCUGAAAGUAAAGGCAAACUGUUUAACGACAUGGGUUUGCUAUGAUUUUUCAGUUCACUGUUUGCACCAAACUUAAAAUCCUGUCCAACCAAAGUACUUUGUGGACGUUGCAUUUUGGCUUCACUCAGUUAUUAAGUCUUUUCACAAAAGUUCAUUAUUCAUUGAAAACUAUCCUUUCUUUACCUUCACCUAAAUACUGACAACGCAAGUUGAAAAA